AUGCCUUCCUUACUGCAUACUGUUGUGCAGAGCAACUGCAGCUUCCUGCUGAAGUGUUGCCUCUCUCCUUUAGAACUGUAUACGUAUGGCUACGACGAAGAUUAUCUGUCACGGGGAUGUUACGAGCAAGAAGUCAAAAGCUCAAAGAGGAGCGUUGAUAGAUUGCUACGUAUAAUGUCAGCAAGAUUUAAAUGGGGGGCUUCUUGGGAAGGCUUCCUCCAAAGUCCAAUGGGUGUCACAGGUCGUUACCGAGACAUUAUCGAGGGAUGUAUGAAGAGAAGAGGUUAUCGGUGGCAUUCGACGAAAAAUCUAAACCAUCUCGCAGGAGUGACUCAGGCAUCCAAUGCAACGGCGACGAAAAGCAAAAGCAACAACACCCUAGGAACUAAACGGUUCCAUUCCAACCACAAAACGUCUAAUAUUCAUAACCGGAGAUCAAGAUCCACCACAACACCCCCCUCCAGAACAACCCAAUUCCCCACUCCUUGGGUGUCUAUACCUUCAGGUCCAUACCCUCCUUAG